AUGGAUAAUCUGGAUGUUCUGUCCCGUGAUUUCGGGCUCGGGACCAGUGGAAAAGCAAACCCCAUGAGGUCCUUACUGGCCGAUAGGAGAGGCGCCGGCGAUCCGUUGUUCCAGAACGUCAUCGGCGGUUGGAGCAAGUACCCGCCGAGUUCGAACUCCAAUGGUAAUCAAAAGCAGUCAGGACUGGGCGAUUUGAACUACGAUUCUGUUUUCCAGUCGACAGCGAAGAAAAGUAACGACAAAGUUAAUUUUUCGCCAUAUGCGGCGCAUGAUAAACAGGCGUAUGAUAACGAUGCAUUUGAAGGAUUACCUGGGGUGAGAAGCGAGACUGGAGGAUUAACAACGAAGUUUUAUGACGACGUGUUUGGAUCGAUGUCGACGCCUGCAACUGCAAUUGGGAGGAGUCAGAAUCGAAACAGUAAUUUUGAUGAUUUGUUGGGAAAUAUUGGGAGGAACAGGAAGAUUGUUGAGAAGAACAAGACCACUAGUGUUAAGAGCAGCAUGAAUUCAAAAGGAUUUGAUGAUUUUUUGGCUGGAUUUGGGAGUGAAAAUUCAGACGCAGCAGCUAGGUCGGUACCAGAGUCAAGGUGGAGGUCUGUACCAAAUGCUGGUUCUAACAAGCAGGGGAAUAUCCUAGGUGAUCCUUUUAUAGUUCUUGAAUCAAGUUCAACUCCAAACUCAUCAUCUGGAAGGUCCGGGCCACUAGAAGAGAUUGGUAAGCUCAAUAAAUCAAGAAGCACACGAGUUGAAGCUCCGCCUGAUGGUGGAACAUUUGAUCACCUAGAUCUCCUUAGUAAUAUUGGAAAACAUGCACGUUCAUUCCCCCAUGUGAAGGAUAAUGGAGGGAAGUAUGGGAAUUCUAUAUCAACAUCCGAAUCUGCUACUGCCAAAGAGCCUAUGGGUAACUCUUCUUUUGGAUUUCCAAAGAGAAACAUGAAGAAAAAAGUUUCUGUAUAUGCUUUUCAGGAACCUCCCUCAUUCGAUAGGCCAAAUGUACUUACCGUUUUUCAGACAUUUUCUGAUCAAGCUGCUUCUUCUCUGCGACCCCAUGAAACCAGCCCACAGGUUGAUACACCUACUACAUUGGGACAAGGACAACAAAUUGAUGAUGUUUGGUUCACUGUGUCGUAUAUAUCUCUUUUUACACAACCUUCAACUGCUCCACCCCCAUCACGACCUCCUCCCUGCAUUCCUCGUCAAACGUCAAGGCUGGAAACAAAAUCCUCUUCAUCAAGGUUCAGAAGGAAAGGUGGUGAAGUUUCUUCCCCGUCAAGUUAUAUUCAUUGUUCUCAAAGUUCUAAUCUGACCAAGGAUGAAUCCAGCAGUCUUCCAACUUCAUUGUACAGUGAACUUGCGAAAUUAUCUACGGGGAGGCCACACAACAAUUUUCAAGAAAGUGUCAACCCUUAUCAUAAUAAGAAUGCUGAUUCCUUCUCUAUUGCUGCUGAAUCUGCUGCUGCUAUUGAGGAAGCUAUGGAUAAAGCCGAGGCAAAGUUUAGGCAUGCUAAGGAAGUGCGUGAAAGAGAGCAUGCAAGGUCUGCUAGAAAUAAGGAGCAUGAGCGGGUGGAAAAGGAUGAGCGACAGGCACAAUUUAGAGAAUUUAGGGAAACCCAGGUGACUUCAGAACGAGAAAGGAAACAUAAAGAAGAAGAAAGAGAGCAAAGGCAACUUGAGAAAGAGAGAUUAAGAGAGACUGAAAUGGAGAAGGCUAGACAAGCAGUAGAGAGGGCAACUAGAGAAGCACGUGAAAGAACAGCUACUGAAGUGCGUUUAAGAGCUGAAAGAGCUGCUGUUGCGAAAGCAAAUGCUGAAGCUCGAGAACGUGCUGAAAGGGCAGCAGUACAUAGGGCUCAAACUGAAGCUCGGGAAAGAGCUGCUGCAGAAGCAAAAGAGAGAGCAGAUAAGGCAGCUGUGGAAGGUAGGGAAAGGGCUCUUGCAGCAGAAUUGAGGGAGAAAGAAGUGCAGAAGAUAGCUGCUGUGUCAAGGGCCGCUGCUGAAUCUAAGCACCAAGCUGAACGAGCUGCUGUUGAGAGAGCUGCAGCUGAGGCUAGAGAGAGAGCAGCUGCACAAGCUCGAGAAAUGGCAGCUUCAGCUGCGAGGAUGAAUCAGCAGAAGACUGGUAAUGAUCUUGAAUCCUUUUUCAGCAUGGGCCGAGGAAGUAGGGCACCAAGGGCAAGCUCAAACACAACUGAUCCUUUCUUUGAUCAACAGCUCCACAGAAAGGUAGGAUCUGAUGCUGCAAAGGCACCUCCAUAUUCCAGUGGAGCCUCUACCACAAAGAAAGCUUCUUCAGCCACCAAUCUUGUUGAUGAUCUAUUUUCUGUAUUUGGAGCUGCCCCAUCUGGGGAAUUCAAGGUGGUAGAAGGGGAGCCUGAUGAAAGAAGAAAAGCUAGAAUGGAGCGCCAUCAGCGUACUCAAGAGCGGGCGGCCCAAGCAUUGGCUGAAAAGAACCAGCGGGACCUUCAAACUCAAAGAGAGCAAGAAGAAAGACAAAGGAUUGCUGAGACAGCAGACGUUGAAAUCAGGCGAUGGGCUGCUGGCAAAGAAGGCAACCUGCGAGCUCUUCUGUCAACUUUACAAUUUGUUCUUUGGCCAGGGUGUGGUUGGCAGCCUGUUUCGUUGACAGAUUUGAUUGUCACUGCCUCAGUUAAAAAAGCAUACAGAAAAGCUACACUUUGCAUUCAUCCCGACAAGGUGCAGCAAAAAGGUGCUACACUUCAACAGAAGUAUGUCGCCGAAAAGGUCUUUGACCUGCUAAAGGAAUCCUGGAAUAAAUUUAACUCCGAGGAGAUCUUCUAGACACGGUCACAGAUUCUUAUCAAUCUCCCGGAUCCUCUGAACACCAUUCAGUGGUGCUUAAUUCUCGAACUUACCUCAUAGAUAUGCCUGCGACGAGGCACCAUUGCAAGAGUGGGUAGCAGAAAGAUGCACUAUACUAUAUAGAUGCUCGGAUAGUUUCUACAUUUAAUGACAACCUUGUACAUCAUAUGCCAAAGACACAAUCGAUGCAGUACUCAGCCAGACUGAAUAUCUCAUUAUUUGAAUUCUUACACUGCUGCUAUCGCAGCCGACGACAAUGGUCAGAGACCGGCACCAGAUACACCACCAUUCAUUUGGAUUCUACCUGUGAAAUCUCCACCCUGGGUUCGGCCGAGCUUCGUCUAUUUUGUUUUUUGUGAAAAUUACAGAGGAGUUGCUGUGGACAUUGUAAGGAUGUGUGCUACUACUAUAUGUCCAAUGUAUUUCGUCUUUCUCAGCACAUGACAUACAGAACAUCUUUUAUAUUCCAAA